AUGACCACUGUGGGCCAAUUGAAACACGACUUGGACGUCCUUCUCUCUGAAUGUCGUCGCAAGCACUCUGACAUCCGCUCGGCCGUCGAAGCUGCCCUAGAACAAGCCAAGCAGGUGUCUCCCCGGACUGCCCUCAACGAGAACGAAAAUCUCCAACACAAAGUCUGCAUCCCCUUUAUGAUGGCUGUUGGUGCAGGCCCAAAGCUUAUGGUUCAUGCGCUCUCAGUUUUGCCGAGACUCAUUGCGUCAAAGUCCCUCCCAGAGAUAUUUGCAACUGACCUUCUUCAGUCAUUCUACAAAAACGAUGUGAACUCUGCGCCACUUGAGUGCCAGCUUAAAAUCCUCCAGACGGUGCCUGGGCUCAUGCAGAAUUACAGCAUUCACGGCCAGAGCUUCUUGUUGCUUGUGGCGGUGUUGUGUCUGCUUAUGAACUCUGGCAGUUCUGCUGUUUCCAAUACGGCCUCUGCGGCCAUGCAACAAGUGUUCUCUUCGCUUUAUGAAAAACUUCGGGAUCACCAGCAGGGAGACGAGUUGAGCACAGUGGAGCUUGCCGAUGCAGGCUCUGAGAAGCCUCAGACUUAUCAAUUGGAUGCUUUGGAAGUCGAGUGCUAUAGGGUGUUUACAGACCUUAGUGCGUUGAUAUCGGAUGACGAGGUUGGCUACUUUGAUCCAGAUAUCCAGAUUCGCCAUGUGGCAGUUUUAGAGAUUAUUGAGAACGUGCUUCUGCAGAAUAAGUCAACGUUCGAUGCCCAUCCUGAACUUAUUGCAGUGUGCCGCUUGAAAACGUUUCCUGCGUUGCUCAGACUAGUCAAUUCGCCUACCCAUAGCUUUCCUGAUGUAGUCAGGGCGCUUCGAAUCAUUCACUUGCUCAUGGCGACUCAAUCUCACCACUUGGGCAUGGAAACGGAAAUUGUGCUUUCAUCCACAAACCAUCUUUUGCUAGAUAUUGACGAUGAGUCUUCGCGAUCUCUGUCGGUGACAAAUAUAUCCGGAGAUGGUCUGUCAACAGCAACACCGUUCUGGGUGAAGAUCCUUGUCUUGGAAAUGUAUAAGGCGCUAUUUGGGAAUUUUGACGUGUUGCGCCGUCUAUACGAAACCCACGACAAGCAUGAGACGAAAAAGAACGUGAUAAAAGAGGUCUUGGUGGUGCUCAACCAUUACUUGGAGUCUAACAUGCCACUUCUUUUUUCGGAAACCCACGAACAGGUGCCCUCGGCUGAUAGAGCACCACUACAACGUCUCUCGAAACAAAAUGCGACGCUCAAGGUAUCCAUUCUUGAUCACUUGGAUAAAACAGAUCCUCCAGCGUCUGUGCCACCACUUUACCCAGCCCACUUAGCAUACAAAGUACUUAUCAGCAUCUCCGAUGGAGUUUCGGAGUUUGUCUCCAAUCUUUCUGCGAAUUCAAGCUCUAGCAACAUCGAAGCCGACGUUGACUUUAUCACUACGUUCAAUGAGACCAUAUUUCCAGAGGUAUUCAAGCUUUUCAAGAAGUUCCUUCACUGCCCUACCGACAGUGAGUACUUCCACGGUGUUGUGAGAGCUCUUCAACGGUAUACUCACUCUGUGGGGCUCUUAGGGAUCUCUCAGUUACGGGAAGAUCUACUUUUGCUUAUUUCUGAACAUGUGUUGAGGGACCCGAACCCAAUGAAGACACAGAAACAAGCCAAUUCUAAUCUACUUGCAUUGGGUGAAACAAUAGUGGACACAAUCAGCUCGACAAUUCAACAGUCGUCUCCACAAAAUGCACAGAGUGCUCAAUUCGAAGAGAGUACUCCCGCUUCUAGUGCCCCAGAGGACAGUGCAGUGCAACUAGGCUCAAGAGUGUUUACUUCCAGACAAAUAAUGUGUUUUAGAGCCUUGACGAACUUGGCGAUUUCCUUAGGUCUCACAUUGCAAGACUCCUGGAACAUUUUGUGGAUCACAUUUCAGUGGGUGGACUACUUUCUCAAUGGUGCUGACGACUACAGUGGUUACGCCAACAACAAGGACCUUCGAAAGGUGCCUGAGCCACAAAUUGGCAGUCAAGAUGCAUUGAUCAUCAAGAAUGCUAAAGCGAAACUUUUAGACAGUUUCAGUGCCUACCAGUCGAGCUCUUUUGAGGAAUUGGUCAAUGUGCUUACUCUUUUGCACAAUAACAAAGGGAGAGGUACCACUUUGCAGCCUUGUCCAUUCAAUAAGAGCUUCUUUAUCACUCAGCUAGUACUGAUUCUGACUGCACAUCCAUCGCUCUUGCUCGAUAACAAAGCCGUUUGGGAUCACGUUAUUGCCUAUCUCACCGAUAUGGCAACAGAUCGAAGCAUUCAAUACCACACGAGGACUUUCUACGUCUCUUCCAUGAACGACAUUGUGGUGAGUGUCACCAAAGAAGGUUUUAGCAAGAAAGACAACACAGAUGAUCUCGCGGAGAUGUCGUUGAAUGCAUUCAUUACUUUCAUCAAAAAGCUCUUCGUGCUUCCAAAGCCCGAAGAGUUGCUUGUGUCUAAUUGCGAGACUGAAAUGCACUUAACCGUGCUCACUACACUCAGAAGUCUUAUUGACGAGUACGACAAUCGCUACAAAAAUUGCUGGGGGCUUGUCUUUUCUAUAUUGCGUUCCGUAUUCCAAAGAACCAACGCAGUUCAAGACAAGAAGCUCGACGAGAAGACACGACUAUUGAUUUCCACAUCCUUCGACACGUUGAAGCUCAUACUUGAUGAGUUCUUGAUUUCUCUUCCAGAGGAACACUUGAAGACACUCAUCGACACCCUUGUGAACUUCUGCUCACAGGAACAUGACCUUAACCUUUCGUUUUCUGCCGUGUCCUACUUUUGGUCAAUAAGUGACUCUAUACGAUCUCAUAUGGACAUGGUCACAUCAAGUGCUGAUGAAUCGACACUUAAGGAGGCUGGCAAUCUACAGGAGCUUGAAAACGUAUUGGCUAAAUGUGAUAAAAAUACCAUAGCUUUCAACCAGGGUCUCAACAUUUACCUUCUUGCAAGGUUGUCCGAACUAUCGUCUGAUUCCAGAGCACAAGUGAGAGAAGGUGCUAUUCAAACACUCUUUCAAAUCUUAGAUACUCAUGGUAAAUAUUUGCCUUCUUGGCAAAUGGUGUAUGAUGUUGUGUUGCCUGGAGUUGUUGACGUUAGUCGAUGGGCCGAAACAACUACUGCGAACCACAAGGACGUCAUCGGCACUUUCAAUCCUAUAUUGUCCGGUCUUGUGGCUGUUGUGAACAAGUACAUGCUUGACUUUGAUGACUUUGGCCCAAUAAAAUUUAAGUUUUGGGCCAGGAUUUUGGACUACUUCAACAAUCUUCUUGCCUUGAACUGGAAAGAUCUCAACUUAAAGAUCUUCCAAUCGUUUCAAGACCUUCUCAUGCCUCUCCCAAAGUUGCAAAGAAUUCCAGAUGAAAUUGUGACUUCAGUAUUCCAGUUUUGGGUGAGUGUUCCAAUCGAGUAUGACUUUGUCAAUCCAGACUAUCAGGAUUCGCUCGCAAUCUUUAACAAAUCUUUUCUUUCCUUGUACCCUAUUUCAGAGUCCAGACUCUCACUUGAAGAUGUUGGAAAGAUCUUAAGUCUUUUGAACCAAUGUGCAAGGUAUCCCGUGUUGAAGCCGAACCUGAAUGAUUCUGAGCGGCUCACGGAUAUACAAAAAGCGGUGAUGGAGAAUCUUCAGUUGCUCUGCAGCCAAGAACGCCUGGAUGAAUUUAACUCUGUAGUCAUCCAGCACCUCUGCAUCAUCUUGUGCUAUCCUUAUCAGACAAGAACACGGAUCGAGCGAAAGCUCAAAAGCAACUUCGAGGGUAAAUUGAAGAUUCCCUCAUUUACUGCAAUCAGUGAAGCAGCACUUGAGUUGAUGACAAAGAAGAUCUACGGAUUGAGCAAUUUGACCGUGCUUUUGCCGGAGCAGGGUCUCGAAAAGGUUGUGUCUUCUUUGAUCGAGGCUGUAAGUUACAAAGCUCAAGGACGCCAAGGUAAUGAGAAGCCACAGUGGGUGAAGUGCAACGAGCUCAUCGCAUACUUGGCACAAAGGUUGAUGAAUGAGAACUUGAAUGAGAUCAAAGGUAGAAAUGAGGUGUGGUACUUGAUGAUCGACGCUUUAACAGUGUGCUUCGAAGAGGCGAAGCCCGAAGAAGAAUACGACACCCUUAAGCAAUUUGACACUCUCAGCAAAACUGUCUUGCCUGUGUUGUUACAUGGUAGCACAAAGCAAGAUGCCGCCUUGCAGCACACCAUCAGCCAAAUUCACAGACAGUCCUAUCUCUACGAGUUCAACAAUGUGGAAAAGGAGCUUUGUGAGGGAUCACUCGAACGCACCAUAUCAGCAUUGACGAAUUUCGACUUUGAUGAAAGUUUUGGAACCACGGUGGCCCUAGUGCCAUUUAGAAACAGAGAUAUCAGGCUUCGCUGCUUGAGGGAUCUUUUCACGAUUGCACUGGGCAAUGACCGAAGCCUGGGUGUUGCCUACAAGUUUGCAUUGGCCCGAGCAGCGUUUACAAUUCGUAGAGUGAUUGCUGAACAGCGUCUCUUACGAAGAAGACCCAUGGCCAAGAUUCUAGAAGAGGAAUUGGAGGUUGUUUUAGAUGGAUUGAGCAAGAUGCAAGAGACGAAAAGCGAUAAGCUUCAGGUGAUCAACAAGCUUCUUUCGAAGAUGAUUCCUUUUGCGCAGAAUGUCGACGGAACAGCCAAGAAGCUCGAGAAGAUUUUGUUGAGAGCCAGCGUGUGA